ACAUAAAGUCCAAAGGCAGCGCUGGCAGAGCUGUAGCUCAGUAGUUGAUGGCAAGAAGCGAGACGCUUUCAAUUCCGCAUUGAGCUGUGCUUGAAGAAGUUUUUUCGCUUGAACUAUCGCCGUUCAUCGCCAUUGUUUAAGAGAUUAUCGUAAAGGCAUCGUGAACGGGUAAAAGACACGGGCUUUCCUGCAUCAACCCUGUUCCCAGACACCUGCAAAUUCAUGUCUGUCUACCCACCUGAAUUGUACUGCCCUGUGUUUGUGCCCAGUGGAGAGAUGACCGAGGUGAUCAUAAGCAGCAGCCCGAUUGAGGACAUGAGGCUCAGCCCCAAUAAAGAUCGUCUGACCUUCCAGAUUUUCCCAGACCCAUCAGACUUUGAGCGCUGCUGUAAGCUGAAAGACCGGCUGCCCUCCAUUGUUGUCGAGGCGACGGAGGGGGAGGUUGAGAGCGGCGAGCUGCGCUGGCCCCCGGAGGAGUACCUCAUCCAGCAGGAGCAGGAAGACGCCGCGCUCCGCGCCGGAACCAUCCAGAAUGGACAGACAGAGCAGAACUCUCAGCACUAGACAGACACACACACACACACACACACACACACACACACACACACACACACACUUACAAGCGUAAUAUAUAUUCAUAUUUUUGCAAAUACACAGUGCACAUUUGCUUACACAAAUAAUGACCUGGGGACAAUUCCACCCAUGUACACAUAUUCAAAUCAGAAGAGCGUAAAUACAAACACGCUCAUGUGUAACAAAGACCACCUGUGAUUCCUCUGGACUUGAUGGAUCACCUCAAAAGAAUCCUCCCUUGCCUUCACUGACUUCUCCACUCACCAGCAUCACACAUACUGAUGACUAUAAUUGCCCUUCUAGUUUAGCGUUCAUCAAACGCGUUCAUCAAAAAGGAACAAAGACAUGUGUCUGUCCCCAGUUACUUUCCUUUAGAUAGUUGGUGGAAACACCCCUUAAGUCAUGGAUUCAAUGAAGAACAUUCUUCUGGGAUCAGUUAGUUUGCCAUACAACUGCUGCCCCUGAAGGACUUCAGAGCUAGUGUUUGUUAAUUGUGUGUGUGUGUGUGUGUGUGUGUGUGUACGUAUACGUAUGUACCUGUCACUGUUUUGUUGGAAUGCCAUCUGAAUCUUACAGUUGCACAUAGGAGGGAGAUGAAUGAAGGAGUAACAAAGAAAUGAAGAUGAAUAUUGAUGUUUAGAGUGAAAGUGAAAGUGACACUUUGCAUUUGGCAGAAAGAGAGAGGGUGUGGGUGAAGAGGGUUUUUUUUUUUUUUUUGUUUUUUUUUUUAUAAUUCAGAAGUAAUAAGAUUUUCUCUGCACUGAACCGUAAGAUAAGGCACUGUUACUGUGAGGUAGCCUCUUUUUGAGGUGAGGGGAAGUGUAUAUAUGUUUGUAGAAAGCAGCUCUGACCUGGCUCUGUCAUUCGUCCUAUGUUCUCCAUGGCUUCAGUCUCUGCGGUCCUCAUGCUAUGGAGUCUCUCCUGUCCCCAUGACCUGUUGGUCUAUCCAUGGUCAAGUAGCUUUUUGAUGUAAUACUCAUCCAUUCAUGGGAAAGGGGAGGGGGAGGGGGGGCUGAAUUGUCCUUCCCUCAAAUUACUCUGCAAAGUCGAGCACUGCACACAGUUGUGUAGCUUUUUUUUUUUUUUUUUUUUUUCUUUCUUUCAGUGAUUUAAGGAGCUGUAGCCCUGGUUGCUAGGGGCAUGUGGUUCCCGUCGCCAUAGGAACUCACCUGUGGGUUUAGUUUUUGUAAAGUUCUGUUGUGUUCUCCUGAAUCAUUUGUUUUCCUUUUCCAACUCUACCAUAGGGCUUUGAACAGAAUACUUCGUCCUACUAUAGCUAACGUACACAAGCAUUCUCUUUCAUACAAAAACCCACACACACGUAGGCAGAUCACUUCUUACUUUUGUAAGCUCAGGGAGAAUAGUCACCAUGUUUUGUUUUUUAAUUUUGUAUGUAGACCACGUCCCCCUGCGACAAGCAGGGAUUGUAUAUAAAUAAACAUUUAAAAGUGCUUUCCAA